AUGACUAAUUCAAAGGGUAAGAUUUGGUGUUUCUGGAGAGACAAUUGUACUGUCUCUAUCCUACAAAACCAUGAGCAACAUGUUACCCUUAGCAUCCAUAAGAACCAUGGUAGUGAUAAGAUAUAUGUCACAGCUGUGUAUGCAAAGUGUACUAAUACUGAAAGAAAAGACCUAUGGAACAGCUUGGAAGAUCUGAAUAAGUUAAUUAAAGGCCCAUGGAGUAUUGGUGGGGAGUUCAAUGUCAUUCUUCAUCCAGAAGAAAAGCUUGGAGGAUUAUCCCACAAAAACUCCAGAAGCUUUGAUUUUACAGAAUGUAUGGAUUCAUGUGGUAUGUCAGAUGUUGGUUUCAAUGGAUCGAGGUAUACUUGGUGCAACAACUGGAGACCAAACAAGAGGAUUUGGAUGAGGCUAGAUAAAGUGUUUAUUAAUGAUGAUUGGGCCACCAAGUAUGCUAACAACUCUGUCAGGCAUUUAGCUAGAACUAGCUCUGAUCACAGGCCAUUGCUUUUUAAAUGUGACAAUGGACAACUAUGUGGUCCCAAGUACUUUAAAUUCCUGGAUUUUUGGACUACUCAGAAUCAUUUUCUUGAGAUUGUUAGAAUGGACUGGAGCCAAAAUGUUACUAGGAACCCUGUGCGGAUUCUUCAAAACAAGCUUAGAAGUGUGGCUAAAAGACUUUCGGCAUGGUCAAGGGAAGAAAUUGGUCAUGUGCAUGAUCAAUUUGAUACGUAG